AGGGCUUUCUCCAUUGAUAAGCAGCAAGCAAACAAAUAAAUUCACUCCUCCAUUAUUCUCGCACACCAAUUCGGACCCCACCUUCGGAGCCCCAACCACAACCACCACACUCUUGUCACUCUGUUCUAUGUAUAUGACGUUUUGCCUUGUCUUGUAAUUCUAUCGCUCACUCCCCUCCAUUUUCUUUCGCUAUGUUUGGCUUAGAGGUUUGUUCUUUGUUUUAUUGCAUAAAUUAGGGAAAUUUUGGCUUGACAAUCGGAGUUUAUUGUCGAAAUGGUUAAAUCCGCCAAGUCUCAACUCGAAGAAGAAGAGCAAUCCGAUGAUUACGAUGACCUUGUCGCCCAACACAAUCUCUCCUCAAAAGGGGAAUUGAUGAAGGCAGAUGGAAAGGGUAAUGAACAGAAGUCGAACUCCUAUAGGUCUAAGCAUUCAGAGACUGAGCAACGUAGAAGGAGUAAGAUUAAUGAUAGGUUUCAAAUUUUGCGAGAUCUCAUACCUCAAAAUGAUCAGAAAAGAGAUAAGGCUUCAUUCUUGUUAGAGGUUAUCGAAUAUAUUCAGUUUUUACAGGAAAAGUUAAGAGUAUAUGAGGGCCCGUACCAAGGGUGGAGUCAGGAGCCAACCAAAUUGAUGCCUUGGCAAAAUCAUCAAGGACCCCCAGAAAACUUUGGGGAUCAUUCUCAAGUUUUUAAGAAUGGUUCCUGUGAGAAUAAUGUUGCACGGAACUCGGUGGAAUCUGACUUGGGCACAGCUUCAAUAUAUGAAGCACUGGAUCAUCCCUCUGGGACGGCCACUCCUGUGCUUCCCCCUAAUACACAAAUACCAUCAAAUAUGUAUGGUACUGUUGGGAGCAGUGGCAUGCCUGCACAAUCUCUGCAAGAAUCUGUACCUGAUGCUGCAGCCAUGGCUUUCCAGUCUCAAUCCCAGCUGUGGAAGGGUAGACCACUUUUAAGCAAUCUUGCUGUUCCGGACGAUACAUCAAGUGGACAAGAGGAGCUUAGUAUUGAAAGUGGAUCAAUUAACAUUUCAAGUGCCUAUUCUCAAGGGCUAUUAAAUUCUCUGACUCAAGCGUUGCAAUCCUUGGGUGUUGAUCUGUCACAAGCCAGCAUCUCAGUUCAAAUUGAUGUUGGUAAAAGGGCAACUAAUGGGUCAACUGCUAUGACAUCCGGUUCAAAGGAUCAUGAAAACCCACUUACAAGCAAUCACUUAUUGACGCAAACUGGAGAUGGGACUCGCGGUGACGAUUCUAAUCGGGCUCAUAAAAGACUCAGAACAGAGAAAAGCUAGUAUACAACUCUGGUCAUCCUCCUCUAUCUAUUCAGUUUGAUCAAUUGUUUCGUUCCUUGGAAUGAGGUGUUCAUUUUUGCCAUGUCAUGGUCCACAGAUUACUAGGCCAAUGUGAAUUGUACAUGUCUCUGCCUCCUGGUUGUCAGGUUACAUAUUUGCAUGGAUUCUCCAGUGGGAAGAAGAAGAUAAGUUAUACAGUCAUUUGCUUGUGUUUGGUUUGGAAAUAGGGAAUUGUUCAAUAAUGAGCUUCGUUAACCUGAAUGACAUCCAUUUUACCUACAAAGCUUGCUUGCUUACAUGGUUCUUUCGAUUUGCUAACAUCCUCCAGUGCAUGUGC